CCACUGGACGUCGCGACCCGCCCACCGGAGAGAGAGACAAAAACAAAUCGGCAUCCCUCACACAGAAGAAUAUAAACAGGAGCACCCGAACCGAGUUUAGAUAGAAUAAACCUUUUCACUGACAUCAACACCACCGAGGGAGAGAUGGUUUCCCCGGUUACCGUGGUCAAGAGCGAAGGCCCCAAGCUGGUGCCAUUCUUCAAGGCAACCUGUGUAUACUUUGUCCUGUGGCUGCCCACCUCGAGCCCAUCCUGGUUUAGCGCACUGAUCAAAUGUCUGCCCAUCUUCUGCCUCUGGGUGUUCCUACUGGCCCAUGGCUUCAGCUUCCUCGGGGCUCACUCCAGUGCCCGCAAAAUCUUGGCCGGCCUCAUCUUUUCUGCUCUUGGCGAUGCCUUUCUCAUCUGGCAAGAACAGGGCUACUUCGUCCACGGCCUUCUGAUGUUUGCCAUCACCCACAUCCUCUACUCGUCCGCCUUUGGGAUGAAGCCCAUUAACAUGCGUGCUGGCCUGGUGAUCACUGCUGUGUCCAGUCUGAGCUACAUGCUGCUGUACCCCUACCUGUCCGGCCCCUUCACCUACCUGGUGGCCGUCUACAUCGCUCUGAUCGGCUUCAUGGGCUGGAGGGCCAUUGCGGGCCUGCAGCUGACCAAUGACCUGUGGACCUGGACCAAGCUGUCAGCUUGCCUGGGCGCUGUGCUCUUCAUGGUCUCCGACCUCACCAUCGCCGUCAAUAAGUUCUGCUUCCCCGUGCCCCAUUCGCGCGCCAUCAUCAUGGCCACCUACUACGCCGCACAGAUGCUGAUAGCGCUGUCGGCCGUCGAGUGUCAAGACGUGGAGGUGGCAAGAAAGAGAACAUGAGGAACUGCGGUCUCCACAGCAACGAGGCUGGGAAGGUGGCAGCCGCUCCCCCUUCGGCCCUGAGCGAUCAUGGACAUAUCUCACUGCCAGAUCCCCAACCCUCAGCCUUCAUUUCAGUGUGGUGCCCCCACACCGUUGUUAUCAUGGCGACUGGUCCACCACAGCCUUCACGUGGCUAAUACCCUACUACCCCACUAGUAUGGUAGUCUCACACCUGUCUUCUUACCAUGAAGACAUGAUAGUAUUAUCCUCAGCCUCUCCCGACAACAGUCCUACCUGCCUCUUCUGAUCCCUAGAACCGCUGUCUCUUAACCUAGUUACCAUGGAGACAAGUGUUGUAAUAUUAACCUGCUAUAUAGAGUAUUACUUUACUUUUAACUGUUAUGUUUUAAUUUAAGGGGAGCAUGUCACUGGGGACCUUCAAGGAGUGUGUGUGGAAGAGCGAUUGUGUGUGCAUUCAAGUGUGUUUGAUUAACACUCUUACCUCGCUUUCCGCACAGUCCCAUCACACACAGUCACCACACUGACUCCUAACACACGUCGACUUCAUGUGGUCCAUUGAUGCAAUUUAACUUUUGUGAGCUUUCACAACUCUUUAUUAUUUUUGUCAUUUGUUUUGUUGCCUUGUUUAAAAGAGAUUUUUUCUUUUUGUCUUUUUUACCGACUUGCCCAUGUUUGGCUUUUCACUCUGUUGCCCUGUGUUCCUGUGAAUUAAGGGUGCUAUUUUUAAAGUCAGGAGCAUAUCCACACCUGUUUUAUUAUCUGCAGUCCCUUCUAUUUCACUCACAGCAACCACAGCGUUUUUGUCCAUUCUGCUAUUCUACAUCCUCAACAAAUCCACACCCAGUCUCUGUGGAUUCAUUCUUUUUUUUUGUAUUAGGAUGUCCUUGAACAACUAGAUGGGCAGAGAAAGAAAGACAGGGAGACAGAAACAAAAAAAUAAGGCAAUGAUGUGAAAAGUCAGGGAGGGAAAGUGGCGUGACUGCAGUAACGUCUGUGUAUCGAAGCUUUACUACGUUAGAGGAGGUGGAGGUUGUUUGUGGAAGGUAGAUUAUUCUUCCUGCUGAGAUUUGUUGACUGUCCUGUUGUCCCAGAGAGAACACAGCGGACAUUGCAGUCACAGCACACAUCUGUACAUAUAAUAACAUGCUGUACUGUGCACCUGCUACUCCUUUUUGGUCCUUCAGGCAUUUUACAGAGUUUUAACUGCCAGCAGUUUUUCCAGAAACGUUGGUGCAAAUGUCAACACGCACACACACCUGACAGCUACAGCUCCUGCUGGUUGAGUUAUUAGGAAAAGUUCACGGGGUUCUUAAUGCUGGACUAGAUCAGCCAGCCCAUGCUGUCAUUGGCCUUGGACCAUGUUAUGAUGAUUGAAAAGAAAAGGGCUAAUGUAACGGGCUGGAAUCUUUUGUUUAUAAUGGAACAGUAACGCACACCAAGAGUUGUAGUAAGGUGCUGAUCACUGGAGGUAGACUUGAGGGUAGGAAAAAAGUGUUGCACACUCUGGCUCAAUAUGCAUUUCUCUUUUAUUCAGAGAAUGUUUCAGCCCUCGGGCCUUCUUCAAGAUCAACAAUCGUGAAAAAGGCAAGGUGAAACGAGAAAUACGUAUGCAGCCAGCAUGUGCAACACUUUUUUCCUACUCCGGAAUUUUUUGUUUAUUAAACAUACACAUUGUCCCAGGUCAGUCUGACCGGAUUGUGCCCAAAAAAAAUUCAGAGACAAGGGAUCUGGCUUUUCAUGUGAGGGAACAGUUAUCCCAUUAUAGCCAAUAAUUCCCUUUCAUAGGACACUUCAUCAGCGUUAAUCCUGCAAAAUCCACCGCAGCUAAUCCCUGACAGGUUGCCUGAUAUUUUGUCUUUCAUCUAUCGCACACCCCCCCCCACCUACCUUUCAUUUGUUUUGCAAUCCAGCAAACCUUUAUAUUUCUAACGUUAGAAUGAAGUGUCUUAUUGAAUAUUUAAGAAGUAUGCUGUAACUCUCUCUUCAGAUGUCUACAUAUAUGCAUGUUUUUGAGUAUGUGUGCAUGCAUGAGAGUGUGUGUAUAGUCUCUGUCUUUGCUGUAUGAGGGAGUGAGUGAACGUCUGUGUCUACCUGUGAUGAGUCAGAACCAACUCAAGGCCAGGAAAUGCUGUGAACCAUCAUAGUUUAUAUGUAGUAGACACACUACUGGACAUCUCACAGUUCUCACAAAGCUCUUAAACCUGUUAUACCCAUCAUCAAUACCCCAGUGUUUUUGAUUAAGGAUGAAGUUAGUAUUCGAUUGGGUUCAUUCAAACUUGGGGCUAUAUAUUUUCAUGUUUGAUUUUACCAUAAUAGCGAGUAUUUCCAUUGCUGGACAUGCCUCCUCUUGAUCGUACCCUUACUUAUUACAAGUAUAAGUCACUGGCUUUAUUAUUAAUACCACUAACAGUUUGUACACUGCAAAGAAAAUCAGUUUGCAAUCACACUCGCAGUGACAAAGUAUUAACAACCUACAUAAAAUUAACAAACACAAAAAGGGACAGGUUUUGUUAUAUUGACAGAUGUUCAAUGGUUCAGUCCAAGCGCACCAAAACAUGACAUAUAGUGCUGUAUAUAAAACAAAUGGGCAUGGAAAAGAGACAGACCCAUGUUAUGGGUUCAGUGACCUCUGGAGCUGUCGGUAACACACCCACAUACGCACAAAAAAAACCCACAUACACCAAAAUGUGUUUAUGCAUCACUUCAGCCACCAUGAAAGAUCUGCAGGCAGACCGUGGUGUUGACACUCAUCAAGGUUUUUUUGUUUUUUUUAAAUAAGUUAUAUCAACAACAGUGCACAGUCUUGGUUUGACUGGGUAAGACAUUCCUCAACCCGAGCAGCUAUUCCUGACUACUGCUUUGCCAGAAAGUUCCUCAAUCUCCUUUCGGCCUGUCAGCAUGCUUGUCAGCAUGAUAUUUCUGCUUUGUCAGUCCAAAGUGUUUCAUCAGUCUGUCUGUGUGACCACUUGUCUUCCGUUCCAUCUUUUUAAUUUAUCCUCCCAGCAUUUGUUUCCUACUUGGCAGUACUCUUAGCACAGUGGUUCUCAAACUUUUCCACAUAAAGGACCCCUAAACUGACACAAAUUAGACCACAGACCCCCAUCUGAUAA